GUUGCAAUCUACUUUACCAAAUUUCGUCGCUAAUAUAUCCGGUUUACCGGUCGGUAUCGGAAUACUGACCGGUAAACCGAUUCACCUAUCAAAAAUUCAAACAUAUGCAUUUCACAAGGACACAUAUUGGAAUAAUGAAUGCGGCACUACGAGGGGGUAACAGUGCUUGCGCAAAACUCGUUGAGGGGAGUUUCACCUGGUGAACGUCACUCUAUGGGAAGUAAACAUCUGUCGAAUUUCCUUAAGUGUCUCAUCGAUCGCUUAGUCACCCAUUCCCCGACACAAGUGUUAAAACACAAAUGUCUCACGAUGGUAAUUCGCAUGACUUUUUACGUUAUUACACAAUUUGCAUUUAGAUAUAUCAUGGAACGGAAAUACGAUGGUGCAUUUAAUCGACCGGCUGAGAAGAGGAAGUGAGUGAAAGUUGACUGACAUCUGCGUCAUCAAACGUAUUUGGGUGCUCGCGGAGACAUGAACUCUUUCGAUCUGCUCGAGAAUUUCAGCGUCAGUCGGAUUCUUUUACUUUCACUUGGCAUAUGGCCCUAUAACCAAUCGAAAUUUACUCUAGUCCAAAUAAUUGUAUCCUUCAGUAUCAUAGUGAACUUUACCGUAUUUCAGUUCACGGCGUUGCUGACUACGGAAUGCACAUCCGAUUUUGUCAUCACAGUUUUCUCCUCCACAACAGUUACCAUCGCCACUAUGAUUAUAUACAACUCAUUCGUGGUUAACAAGCAUAGCAUAAAGUAUUUAUUGGAGCAACUUCAGCACGUUUGUAACGAGCUGAAAGACGAGAAUGAAAUUGCUAUUAUAAAAGAUUACGGGAGCAACGCGCAACGUCAUGCGGCUAAAAUUACAUUUUGUGCCGCAGCAUUUUUUAUCAUAGUUCAAAUAAUGUGGUUUCCCGGCUUUAACAUUUUUCUGUCUAAAAACGAGUCUGGAAGGCAUCAAGCGUUGUUUAUUGUGACUGAGUACUUUUUCGACCAAGAAAAAUAUUUCUACUUAAUACUUCUGCACAUGGAUGCAACGUUUCUUAUAAUGUUACUUGGGACCGUGGCUACCGGAACAACGAUAUUAAUAUUCCUCAAACACAUCUGCGGAAUGCUCAAAAUUGCCAGUUAUCGUAUCGAGCAGACAAUGGAGAUCAACGUGCAAUAUAAUAUAAAUUUGAAGAACGUGAUUAUGAUUUAUAAAAACAUCGUUUACGCUGUCGACAUUCAUCGUAAAGCUAUGAUGCUCUCCACUUCAAUGAUGAAGGAGUUCGAGGGAUCUUUCUUUUUCUUAGUAAUAAUAUUAGUCAGUGGUUUAAGCCUAAAUCUAUACCGAAUUUUUCAGAUUAUAUCGUUUGAAUACAAUCUCAUGAAAAUUGUUAUUCACUCCGCAUACGUGAGCGCCACUCUUACAUAUAUAUUCAUGUCCAACUACAUCGCGCAACAAGUCACAGAUCACAAUGAAGAUUUAUUCGUCACCGUAUACAAUAUUCGCUGGUACGUAACACCGCCGCACAUACAGAAGAUAAUACUGCUGCUGCUGCAGAGAGGCAGUAAGCCCUUUUAUCUGCGUAUCGCUAAAAUAUUCGUGGGAUCGUUAGAAUAUUUCGCCUCGUUAACAAGUGCAUCAAUGUCUUACUUCACAGUCAUUUAUUCUACACAACAAUGACGUAAAAAUCGGACAAUUAACAAUAUAAAUAGAAGGAUAAUGUAGGAAACGAAAGUUAUACGUACGGUACAAUGUGCAGAACGUUAUACUUCGCCCACAAUGAUUUCACAUAGGUGACAUAGAGAGACAAGUUCGACCGACCAACUGACAUUUCUUACAAUGAAUAAAUGUGUGUCUCUUAGGAACGUACACAAUACAAUAGAGCACGCAGGACAAAUAAAGUCGAGAAAGAAGCAACCACGCUUGCGCGGCCUUCGAUCGAGAAAUUGUCACGACAUUAGUUUAUGGAAAAUAAACGUCCAUGUAAUUUUAUGCAGCAUCAAGUCGAUAACUAAAUUGCCGAUCCCUUCCUUGACAAAUUUAUUAAAUUACGAACGUGCCUGUCUCACGGCAUUAUUUCGCGGUAUUUCGAUGGUUUUCAGUAACAAUGCUAUUUCGCAUACUAUCUUCGCCACUAUGUAGCAUUGACAGAUGAUUUGAGAGAAUUUUCAUGUAAAUAUACGGGAAGAAAAAAAGACGACAUUAUAUUUUAUUGCUUGGCAAAAAAGAGAGUAGCAGACUCUUCGCAAACUUCUCCGCUGAUCAGUAGAUCGCAUAUCAACGCCCGUGAAAAAAUGAUCUACCCCGAUCUGUAUCAAUAUUUUACCAUCAAUCGGAUUCUCUUGCUCUUAGUCGGUUUGUGGCCUCAUCAGAAGUCGAAAGUUGUGCGACUUCAGCAAAUCCUCAUUUUCAGCAUUCUAUUCAGUUUUAUUAUAUUUCAGCUUACAACGUUCAUGACAGCGAAAUGCACAGCCAAUCUUGUCAUCAAAGUUUUAAUAAACGUAUUUAUUUUCAUUGCCUAUGUAAUUACAUAUUUCACGUUUUGGAGUAAAAUUACAUUUAUGAAGUAUUUAUUGGACGAACUUCAACAGAUUAUCAAUGAA